CUCCACUCUGCAGAUCACAAAAAGAGAGUGACUUUCCGCCUCUUCCUCCUCCGGUGGCUUUUGUCACUCUGUAAGUGGGCACUGUGGCGGUACGAGUGACAGGCGUUAGUGUAGCACAGUCAAACUUCAUAGUCCCACAGCUAUAGUUGUGGUCCUCAGGAGAAUAUUUAACCACCCACCGCUGGAUCACCAUGCUACGGCGGAAACCAUCCAACGCCUCGGAAAAAGAGCAGCCGCAGGUGCAAAAGAAAAAGCUGUCUCUGCAAAGGUCCAGUAGCUUUAAAGAUUUUAUGAAACCAAAAGCAUCAUCUCCUGUAGUGGGCUCUGAAGCCACUUUAGAUGAAUCGCAGUUGGAAGCUGCACCCGAGGAUUCCGGGAAAAGUAAUGGAAAACUAGGAAAGAAAUGGAGAAAUGUCAUAAGUCGCACAAUGACCCGAAAAACGUCCAAGAUGGUACAGAAAGCCCUUGCAGAGGAAGGGAAUGAGACUGGAGAAGAUGGUUCAAUCUCUCCCAUGUCUCCAAGUGACUGGAUGCCAGAUCUCACGGCCGGAAACAGAACAUCUGUGUGCUCCAACAGCUCAGAAGACACAACACAUACCCCUUUAUCACGCCAGCUCUCUGGAUGUGCUGACAGACAAAGUCUGGACAGUGGCUUCAGCCAGAGAGACAGCAUGAGACUAGAGGACAGCACCUACAUGGGACCUUUCUGUGGCAGAGCCCUAGUCCACACUGACUUCACCCCCAGCCCAUAUGACAUUGAAUCCCUUAAACUGCAGAAAGGAGAUAUCAUCCAGAUUAUCGAGAAGCCACCAGCUGGCACCUGGACUGGUAAACUCAACAACAAGGUGGGCUCCUUUAAGUUUAUCUACGUCAAAAUACUACCAGAUGAAGAAACGCCACCGAAGAGGAAGCGAGCCCACACUAGGGGCCACCGAAACAAACCAAAACCAAAAAGCCUGGAUGAAGUUUUAGAGAGAAUAGGCCUAACAGAGCUGGGAUCUCUCCUCUCCAUGCAUGGCUUUCAGAGUUUAGAGGACUUCAGGGGUCUGAAGGAGUCCCACCUGAAUGAGCUAAACAUUACAGACCCAGAGCAACGUGAUAAGAUACUGAAAGCCACAGAACUGCUUCUGGACUCGGAGGAUGAAUCGGACGAUGAGGAGAAAAAACCUGAAAUGCCAAGGGACUCGGGCUGUUACGAAAGCACAGAAAACCUGGCAAACGGAAGCGAGGAGCCUCAGGAGGAAUCUCAGGGCGAGGCAGAGAUAGAUGCUGAUACAGAGACGACGCUGAAUGCCGUUCAGCAGCAGCUGGAGGAGAUGACGGUGGAAGAAAGUAAUGAGGUGGAAGCAGAGUAAAGCUAUAACAGAACGUUCCUUUUAUCCUGCUUCUCUUCAAUUUACUAAUGGAUUGAGAGUUUAUCACAUCCACAUGCUGGAGUAAAACGCAUUGACAAAACUUUCAAAUGCACAACCCAUUGAGAUAUCAACAGAUCUGCUUUGGAGAUGGAUAUUGUCAAUUAUGUAGGCUACCUACAUAGUGCACCAUAAAGGGUCAUACAGACUAAACCCAUAAGGAAAAUCUGAGUCAAAAAUCUUUUGAAACAAUACAAUUAGAAAUGGGGGUGAAGUGACAUUUUGUGGAUUAAACCUGCAGCUGUGAUUUUUUUUUCUUGAAGAAACAUGGUUGACUACUGUAUAUAAGUUAUAGUUUCCAGAAAGUAUUUUAUGUGCUGUGUGACAUUCUGUUAAUAUCUGAGAAAUUUCAUUAUCAUACCUUUAUCUGUAAAGUAGCAGCUCAUUGCAGUACUACAAAUGUACUAUUAUUUUGUAAUGAUGAAUGUACAAAGUAAUAUGCAACUGGUGCACACAAAAAAAGUUUUGUGUGCAAAAUUGAAGAAAAGCACAUUGAAUGGUUUUUAGUAGUGUAUGUCUAUAUCGUUUUGCUUCCGUAGUCAAUUAAUUUCAGUUCCUGUUUAUGGUAAUGAUGGUUGGAAUAUGGUUAUGGCGGUCAUUUGUUUCAAUGUUGUAGUUUUAUGCUUAAUCCGUUUUUAGUUUGUUUCUUAUCCGUUCAUCUUUGUAUUAAUGUCAGUCUUUUUGAUGUCUUUCUCAGCUGUAUUUCUGUG